AUGGCUGCCGUGGAUUUGUUAUGCUGCGCCGAUACUUCGGGGAAAGUUGUUGGUGUCAAGGAAUUUCGAGUAGCAUUGGCAUUGAUGGAGGGCCACAUGGAGUUGCUGAGCGAACAAGUGCCUUCCCAAUGGGGCCAAGCACAUCUCUUCGAUUUGCUUUUGACUUUUGGCCACUUUGACACUGCUUGGGCCAUGGCUGAGAGAGGAGUGGAAGGUUGCAGAUUGGAGGCCCAUCACCUGAAGAGAGAUUGCGAUGACCAGGUUAUCGACGAGUGGCCCUUUUGCAAUUGCAAAAACAGUUGGGAGACCUGUGAAGAGUGCUGCUUCGGCUUCCCAGUCGAACAGGGCAUUUGGAUGACGGACUGGAACUCAAGUCUCUCAAAUGCCGCAAAAGCUGCCCGCCGAACAGCCGAGCAGCCCUUGGUGUGCACCGUCCUGGAGGCGCUUCGCUCCGACCUUUUGCCGCAAAGUCUUGCCAUCUCCGAAGAGGCCAUGGCGCAUUUGCUGGACAUCGCCAUCCUGAUUGGCGACAGGGAGGCUGCCGUGCGCUGCGCGGAGCAAUCCCGUCUCCGGCCUUUGCGGCGCUGGAGCUCGGAUGGGAUUUUCGAGACUUAUUUUUAUCCAUGCUCAGACCUGGAGACUAAGAUGAGGUUGCGUUCCGGCUUCUUGGAGCUUCGAGAUCGUGGCAUGCUCCUCGCGGCCCUCUCGGCCGGUGUCGAGCUCCAAGGACUGCAACAACUCCACGUGGCUCUGACUCCCCUUAUUAUUCUCUGUCGGAUUCCUUUCCGAGUGGCUGUGGCUCUGACGGGAACUCCUUGGACCGACUUUGUAGACCUGCUGCCGCCACCUGACACUCCAUGGGUGCCACCAGAAGAGAACGAUUUCGGUGAAUUCUUCCUCAAAGUGGACAAAAGGGGCGAGAUUGGGAUGCCCUAUUUGUGCAAAGACCUGCUGGAAAUCGCUCAGACAGCUCAAGUCCCCUUGGCUGCUAUGCGUCUCCUGGUCCGACAUCUGGAUGAUUUUCAUUUGUCGCUGUUGGAUUGCGCGAUUCUCUUUGGGCAAUCCGACUGCGCGGCUUUGCUCGCUACAGAGGGUGUCGAGUUGUCGCACGAAGGCAGCAAACUUUUGCUGCAAUUUGGUGUGCUGGAUGCAGAGCCAGCUCGCUGGCCUGCGGCGAUGGCAGCAGCCCACGCGGCGCUGUCAAAGGUGUGGAAAUCGGAGAUUGCGGCCAAAGGAAUUGCAAUCUACCAGUUGAUGAAGAAGCUUUCAAAGGGGAGACCUUUUCCAGCUUCGCUGGUGGAUGAGGUGGCGGCUUUUUCGAUGGAUGUGCCAAAGAUCAUUGAGGAUUUAGAUUUGUGUCAAGAAGCAAGUGCAUGGUACAAGUCUUCUCAAGUUUCUCCGGUGUCACCAGUGCCACCUAAAGCUGAGAAGAUUUCUGUCCAUCCGGAGGACGUUAAGUUCUCAAGAGGUUCACGAGAGCCUGACGCAACGUCACAAAGUCAACGAGACCGAGAUGCUGAGGCUGUGGACGAGAAAGCCAUGGAUGCUCUGAUGAUGGCCAUGCGCGAGAGCAGAGGUGACGUGCCGGCGCUCAAUGUGGAUGGUGUUCGUUUGUUUCGGCUCACUCGCAUGGCCAAUGCCAAUCAUGUUGUUGAUCUCCUUUUUGAUCGACUGGGACCUCUGAAAGCCUUACACGAUCGCGUCCAGGAAGCUGGAUGCAGCGUCAAUCCAGAAGACAAUCCUUUGAAGAUUCUCUACGUACCAUGCACUGAAGAGCAGCUUCUGGAAUUGCAGCAGCUUGCUGCUGAUGGUUUUGAGCUUCGCAAAGAUCUUCACAUUUUGGCGCUGCAAGAAGAUGCCAAGCUCAUCAACCAAGCCUUUCGGGAGCUGUUCCAAAGGCUACACGUUCCAAGGAAUUGUCGACCAGAGCUCAAGCCAGAGGGUCCGCAGCACAAAGAUGUGGGUGCUGAGCGGGGUUCAGAAGCUGAAGAUUUAUCCGACCCGGAAGACUUCGAGUCCCCUAUGAUUGAGAGACUUGCUUUCGCCGAUUUGCAAUUUCUAUUUGUUUGCUUAUAUGACAGGAUUACCAUGUAUUACAGUCUGAAGAGUGCGAAGCGUUUCCCGACCUCCGCGCUCUCGGGGGACUCGGUCCGCUUUGCACGGAAUCACGACACGGUGAUGAAUCCGGGGCUUUACUACGGCCUGGGUGGCUCCUGUGUGGAGGCCAUGGGUUUGUGGGCUUGGCUUUUGGCUUUGCACGAUGGCAGCGUCUUGGUCUUCCCUGAGGAUUUGCAGAAUCAGGAGAUGGGUGGGACGGGUGGGAGUCGGUGA